GUGGUGGUGCCUGUGCUCCUGAUGCCACCCGCCAGCCAAGCUCCGGGCACAGCAGUCGCUGCUGCAACCGCUGCAGUUGCUCCAGCUGCCAUCGCCGGUCCACAGCCGCAGGGGCAGUUUUACAAUGCCCAACUGGAGCCGGCUGCCUAUGCCUGUGUUCCUGUCUUGCCCCUCAAACCGAUAAGCAAUGGAGUGGGAACCAAUAGUCAUCAGCACCAUCAUCAUCAUCACCAGCAGCAGCAGCAUACGCAGCAGCAGCCGCCUCAGCAUCACCAACAUCCGCACCAGAACAUCCACAAUCACAACCAGAUUCAGAACCAGAACCAGAACAAACGCAAAUUUUCAACCUUCUUUUAGGGAACUAAGGGAACUAGCCCUAGUCCGUGUCCUUUUUUUACCGAAUGAUUUGAGUGGAGAGCAUGUGAGGGUGUAUCUAUCUAACCAGAGCUAUUUACACCAGAUGUGUGUGUAUAUAAGUUGCACUGCUGUUGUAGCUAUUGCUAAACUUUAAGUAAUUUUAUUAUGUAAUUUUUACGCUUUGUUAUUAUGAUUUUAAUUUUUUUAUGCACUUUGGAAGACGUUUUACACGAUCUGAUAUCGAAAGAAAUUAUUUAUACGUUUAAUGCUUUCUAUACAUAUUUGAUCGAUAACGAUGAAGAUGAGAAUAUGAGAUAAAUUAAACACGAGCAUGUGGAUACAGAUACAGUGCGUUUCAUGGGUGCAGGAAUAGUAAUUGGCGAAUAAAGCAAUUUGCGCAGCAAUUCCCCGAGCUAAUGCCACGCACUGUAUUCGCCCUGCCGAUCUGCUAUAUCUAUUAUACAUAUAGUACACACAUAUAUGGAAACCUUUUGCAAUCAACAUGAAAAUCGCCAAAAUUUGUACGUGUUUGUGUGCGUGUGCCUGUCUGUCUGUCUGUUUCAUGGGUGCAGGAAUAGUAAUUGGCGAAUAAAGCAAUUUGCGCAGCAAUUUCCCGAGCUAAUGCCACGCACUGUAUUCGCCCUGCCGAUCUGCUAUAUCUAUUAUACAUAUAGUACACACAUAUAUGGAAACCUUUUGCAAUCAACAUGAAAAUCGCCAAAAUUUGUACGUGUUUGUGUGCGUGUGCCUGUCUGUCUGUCUGUGCGUCUGUCAUGUGUGUGUUUAACAUUAGUCUUUAUAAAUUUAUAUCUAUUUAUGCCAUAUAUUGUAUAUAGGAUAUGCUACGUCAGGGCCCAGGUGCAGAGAAACUUUUGUCAUUUGUGUACAUAGGUGUAGAAGGUGGAGGGAGACGGAGGAGGAACCGAUUUGUGCUAAGUAUCCAGAGAUUAUAUAAUGCGUCGGAGAAUUUAGCGAGUGUGUCCGGUCCGGUCCGGUCCACGAACUCCAGGAUCUGGACGACGUCAUAUUGUCAUAUGUCUUUGCUACGGGUUGUACGGAGCAACACUCCUAAUCUAUCAUAAUCUGUAAAUAGAAGCCCGUUUUGUAAGAACUACCUCCCUCCUCUCCAUUCCGCAGUCCAGUGAAAAGCGAAAGGUUAUGUCGUCGACCCGGGGACAGUGCGUUUCGAGGCUGUAUGUGCUUGUUUUAAUCCCCAUUCAUACGCAUUCAUCAACCUAAGGUUUCAUUUGAAGUCAUUCUGCAGAUUCAGCAAUCCACUUAGUUUCUUACUCAGGACCGCGAUUAGAACGAACGAAAUGGCGUUUGUCACUUUCACCUCUCUUCGCCUACAGCGCCGAAACGCACUGUCCCCGGGUUGUCAAACGCUCCCAGGCGAGAUUUAAUGUUUUUUUUUCCUCAUUUACUUAGAAUUCAUAAGAGAGCCCUAAUCUGGAACCGCGGCUUUCGGCGCGUGUAACUUGAAUGUCGUCCACUUUAAAUCAGUUCUGAUUUUCCUGUACAUAAGUGUAAUAACGCAUGAGAAUUCUUCGGUUCGGACUACCAACUACGUAUGUGGGUGGGUACGCCUGCUUGCCUUUAAUAGGCCCAACUUUGUUGUUAUGUUUUUAAGUGAACCUAGCUUUUAUACUACCGAUCCCCGUUGCCCCCUCUUUCAAGUGUGUUGUUCGCCAAGUGUGUGUGUUCUUGGAUCAAUUCAAUGGCAUGUUUCAGCUCGAUUGUUUUAUUCCUUAUUGAAUGCAUAUGCAAAUGCAAGUGGCAAAUUUCAAGCGAUAAUAUCUGUAAGAAAGUUAGCUAUAUAUACACGACACUCGAUCGAUCGAACGAGAGAGAGAAUUAUACAUGUGUAAGGCGAUCAAUCCCCAAUCCGAAUCCGACCCUCUUCCCUGGCCACAUAGAUCAUGAGAAUUGUGCAAGGAUCAAAACUUGUAUAGACUAUGCAGUAAGGUGCGCGACAUAAGUGUCUGGAGCAGGCAGUUUCUUCCGUUUUGCUUAUUUUUUUUUAAUUAUAACUUCAAUUUAUCGAGUAUUAACACUUCCAUUUGCAAGGAUUUUGGUGGCUAACUUAUACGAGUUAUACGAGGCUGUUCCCGUCACGAAUUUCGCACACCUUAUUUAACGGAUCAAGAGUAUAUAUUAUACACACGUAUAUUUAAGCGUUUUUUGCUAACACAUUAAUUCAUGAAUUUGCAACAAUAUUUAAUAUAAAUACAGAAAUGCAUAUACAAACGAACAAAAAAAAAAGAAGAAAAAUCAUUAAAAAACAAAAGUGUAAUGUAAAAUGUAAUAUGAAUGAGAUUGAGAAGGGAAUGAAAUUGUUUUAGAUUUUUAUACCAAAUUUAAUUAAUGUAAAACCACGAAUUGUUUAUUUUUUUGUAUACCCCGUAAUCCCCGUCAGAAUGCGAGAAAUCCCUGCCAGAGAAAUCCUCGAGUUCGAAAUUGUUUUUUUUUUUUUUUUUGUAUUGAAUACUUAUGUAAUUUGUAAAUUAUAUGACAAGUAAUCAAAUAGCAAGCAUAAACAGCAAGGCAAUUAAUAAACAAUACAAAUAAAAAUGCAAA